AUGCAAAUGUGUUGUUAUCAGUAGUUUAUCAACUCGCGUCUGCUCUGUCUGAACACGAUUUUAUUACUUUCUUUACUAAUUUAUUUAUUGUGUGGUACGUGCAACUGCAAUGGUGCAAUACUGAUGCAACACUGUGUUUAGUGUUCUGUUUUGCCUACAACAUCUAUGGCUACCUUAUCAGCUUUGUCGAAGAAUUGUCGAACAAUACUUAGGUCCUCGCUCAGCAGAAGCCUUCCAGCGCUUGCUUAUCACAAGAAUGUGAUCGAUCAUUAUGAAAAUCCAAGGAACGUAGGUUCCCUAGACAAGAAUGAUCAACAAGUUGGCACCGGGUUAGUGGGUGCACCAGCAUGUGGUGAUGUCAUGAAAUUACAAAUUAAGGUGGAUGAAGAUGGAAAAAUAAUUGAUGCAAAGUUUAAGACUUUUGGGUGUGGCUCAGCAAUUGCUUCAAGCUCUCUUGCCACUGAAUGGGUCAAAGGCAAAACCGUGGAUGAAGCCUUAAAAUUGAAGAACACAGACAUUGCUAAAGAGUUAGCAUUACCUCCAGUGAAACUGCAUUGUUCAAUGUUGGCUGAGGAUGCAAUCAAAGCAGCUCUCUCUGACUACAGGAUUAAGCAGCAGUCAAUUGAAAAGGCAAAAGAUGAAUGCAAGGAGUAACAGCACCGGCCACCAGCAGAUGAAAUUAAACAAAUUUUUCUCAUUCCAACUGAUCAAACUCUGAGGGAUAAUUCCAAUUUUCCAACUAUGAAUUAAUCCAUUGUAAUUUUUGAAAGUUUAGUUGUCUGGGCUGUUUUUAUUUUAUUUUUUUUUCAGAAGGUAAUGGUGUCACAGCCAAGGCAGUGAUUUUGCAGUAUUUGUCUCGAUAUAUUUGUAAAAAUUAAAAUUGUAGAGUCUUAAAAACAAUCUUUGUGUAUCUACUCGUUGUUGCGUUUCUAGAGCUAAUAAA